AUGGCAUCCGGAGGGCGAACAGCCGGCGCAGGAGGAAGGGGAACAGCAGGACGAGAAGGAGGGAGAGGAGGAAGAGGAGGAGGAAAAGGAGGAGGAAGAGGGGGAAGAGGAGGAGGACAAGAAGGGGGAGGAGGAGGAGGGCGUCGCAAGUCAUCGUCGGAUCGCGACCCGUUGACCGCCAAAGUGUCUCCCAAUUUCGGAGGAGGCGCGCUUCCGCCUCCUCCUUCCGCCAGGGAUGUCUCCGCGCUUCCCGCGUCCCUCCGGCGAGUGAUGGCUCUUCGGACGCGCGCGGAACAAGAUGCAUCCGCAGGCCUCAAUCUCCAAGUUUCAAGUCGUCUUGUUGGCACAAGCGCUCGCUCGCCUCCCUACGCCUCUCGCUCUCCCUUUUUCCUCCUGUCCCCUCCUCUCUCGUCCUCGUCCCCCUCCUUCCCCCCCCUCCCCCCUCCUCCCCCCCCCAUCCCCAUCCCUCGUUUCCCCUCCUCUCCCCUGACCGCUCCUCCCUACCGCCCCUUCCUAAUGUUCCUUCCCUUACCCCUUGCGACUCCGCUUCCACCUCCCCUCGUCGCGCUCUCACCCACCCGCGCCACAGGGAAGCGGAAGCGGGGAGGGGAUACAGGAGGCCGCGGAACAGGGGGGGCUGGGGGAAGGGGGAAAGGGCGCGGGGCCGCGGCGAACGGUGGAGCUGAGGGGAAUGCAGCAAGGAAACGAGCGCGCAGGGCGGAGCAAGGGGGAGCGGAAGGCAUGCAACCUCCGCAGCAGAGUAAAGGCCACGCGGGGAAGGGGGAACAGGAUGGGGGAAGUGGCGCGGGGGAACGCGGUGGGAGCAACCAGCGCGCGGGUGUGGCAGGGGGAAGGGGGGGGAAAGCGGGUGUGCGGGGGGGGAAAGGGGGGAGAGGAGGCGAGCGCGGGGGGAAGGGGGGGCAGAAUGUGCCCGGAGUGGGGAGGAAAGAGGAGCAGGAUUUACUGGCGUUUGGGGAAGAGCUGAAGGCGGCUGCUGCUGCUGCUUCCGGGAGCCAGGGGAAGAGGAAAGAGAAGAUGAAGAAGUUCCUGACAGAGCGGCGUGAAGGGUUUGAGCCCUCGACCUGCGUUCUUGCUGCCGCUUCGCCGCUGUCGCAUUCCGCAUGUCGUUCGGCCGUCGCAUUCGCACCGCGCGACAUCUCGUCGCAGAUAAAGCGACAAGAAAGUGGAUUCCCGGAACGCGUGGAGGCAGGGACAUGGAUCAACCCGCGGAAAGAGCGGAGGAUGUUGCGCUACUCCGCGGAAGCAACUGCGGGAAGAGUGGGGGGAAGCGGGGCGGCGGAGACCGACCAUAGGGGAGGGGGAACGCGCCGAGAGGGGAUGCGCGCAGACGGCGUACGGGGGAAGACAGGCGGGGCGGCGCAGGCAGCGGGGGAGGAGCGGAGGGACGCCCGGGGGAGCGGGCGCGAAGAAAGCGAUCGUUCCGAGAAGAAUGCGGGUGGGAGGGGGAAAAGUGAGGCAACGGGGGGGAGCGCGGAGGGACGUGCGGGGAGGAAGCGGAAGAUGACAGUACUGGUUGUGAGUCGACUCAAAGCACGUGUGGUGGCUCUGGAGAGGUUAGAUCUGGGGAAGUUGUUUAUUUUACCUCUCCAGAAAGUGGCUCUUGCCGUCCACUCUUCCUCACUCUCUCCCGAACUCUCCCCCACCCUUUCCCCCCCCAGUCAGGUGUGCGCAGGUGACGUGAUGGGCGACGACCACGCGGCUAGACUGGUGGCGGCACUGCUGGGAAGAGAGAAGGGCUGGCAGGGAGAGGAGGGACGGAAGGGAGCGGAGCAGGGAGAGGAGGAGUGGGAGGUGUACGCAGUGGCAGGGCCUAGGAGCGAAGCAGCGGGUGCCACCCUCUUAGGCAGCAACCACGGCAUGUCGUCCAUAGGGCUCUUUGAGGCCCUGCGCUUCGUGCCGCGCUCGCUGCUGCUCCUUCAAGCCGCCAAACGCUUCGUGCAGCAGCACAAGCCACAUGCGGUGGUGCUAGUGGAUUAUCCGGGUUUCAACAUACCUCUUGCUGACUACAUCCUGAAAAAUCACCCCGCCACGCAGGUCAUCUACUACAUCCCGCCCAACGAGUGGCUCUUCUCCUCGUCCUCCUCCCCUCGCAUCGCCUCCGUUGCUGCCUCUCAUCUCGUCAUCGCCACUUACCCCGACGAGGCUGAGUUCUUCUCAUCAGUGGGAGCUAGAGUGAACCUAUUCGGCCACCCUCUAGUGGACACUGUUGCCCAUGCGCCAAGUCGAAAGCAGGCCCGCGCACAACUCGCAAUCGCCCCGACUGCCAGGGUGGUGGCGCUGCUGCCAGCCUCUCGCCCUCAGGAGACGUCCUUCAUCCUCCCCAUCGUGCUGUCAGCUGCUCGGCUGCUUAACCAACAAAUGCUUGAUGCUAACCGCGAGGCGCCCCUCUGUCUCCUGCCUCUUGCAGACGAGUCUUUGCGAGCUCAGGUGGAGGAGCAACUGAGGGCGUUCAACAUGCACACAUGCUGCCGAGUGCUCGAGCCACAGGAGAGCCUACCAGCCAUGGCAGCAGCUGAUGCAGCCAUCACCAAGUCCGGCAGUGUCACUCUCCAGCUCGCCCUGCUCAAGGUACCUCAAGUGGUCCUCUACUGCCUCUCCCCUGCCACCGCGCUCCUUGCGCGUUUUCUUGUUAAAUUCCGCCACCCCUUCUACUCCCUUGUCAACCUCGUGCUCCUGGAACUGCUUGUUCCGGAAUUUAUCCAAGACAAUGCCACUCCGGAAGCUAUAGCUGGUGCAACAAUGGAGCUGCUUGUGAGUGAAUCCGCUCGCUCACUGCAGCUCGCAGGCUAUGAGAAGCUUCCUUCCCUCCUUGGAAAGCCUGGGGUUUCGCUGCGAGUGGCUCAAUGCAUCAAAGAACAAGCAAGGCUAGGCAACAUGUGA